AGAUUUGUCCAAAAUGAAGAAAUUUAAUUUUCGCAAAGUUUUGGAUGGUUUAACUGCCGCAUCCCCUGUUGGAAGCAGUGGCGGUGGCAGUGGAAGUGGGGCUGGUGGUGGCUCCGUGCACCCAGGAGGGACUGCGGGCGCUGCAGGGACACCCAGAGAGGAGAUCCAGGAGACGCUCACUUCAGAUUAUUUUCAGAUCUGUAAGACGGUUCGCCAUGGUUUUCCGUACCUACCCACUGCCUUAGCCUUUGACCCAGUUCAGAAAAUCCUGGCAAUUGGAACAAGGACAGGAGCCAUACGAAUAUUGGGCAGGCCUGGUGUUGAUUGCUACUGCCAACAUGAAAGUGGUGCUGCAGUUCUGCAGCUCCAAUUCCUAAUCAAUGAGGGUGCUUUGGUCAGCGCUUGUGCAGAUGAUGCACUUCAUUUGUGGAACCUCCGACAGAAACGACCAGCUAUUCUACAUUCUCUGAAAUUUAACAGAGAAAGGAUUACUUACUGCCAUCUACCUUUCCAGAGUAAAUGGCUUUAUGUUGGAACAGAGAGAGGAAAUACACACAUUGUAAAUAUUGAGUCCUUCAUUCUUUCUGGAUAUGUUAUCAUGUGGAACAAGGCAAUAGAGCUAUCCACCAAGACUCACCCUGGCCCAGUUGUACAUUUAAGUGACAGCCCAAGAGACGAGGGAAAACUGUUGAUAGGCUAUGAAAAUGGGACUAUCGUGUUCUGGGACUUACGCUCUAAAAGAGCCGAUCUGAGAGCUUAUUAUGAUGAGGCUAUUCAUUCUGUUGCUUGGCACCAUGAAGGGAAACAGUUCAUGUGUAGUCACUCUGAUGGCAGCUUGACCCUAUGGAAUCUGAAGAGCCCUAACAGACCAUUCCAGACCACAAUUCCACACGGAAAAGUUCAAAGAGAUGGAAAAAAACCUGAAUCUUGUAAACCAAUUCUUAAAGUAGAGUACAAGACCUGUAAAAGCAGUGAACCAUUUGUGAUAUUUUCUGGUGGAUUGUCAUAUGAUAAGCCUUGUCGAAGACCAAGUUUAACAAUCAUGCAUGGGAAAGCAAUUACAGUUCUUGAAAUGGAUCAUCCUAUAGUUGAUUUUUUAACUCUUUGUGAAACCCCAUAUCCAAAUGAAUUUCAAGAACCCUAUGCUGUAGUUGUGCUUUUGGAAAAAGAUCUCAUUGUCGUUGACCUGACACAAAGCAAUUUUCCAAUCUUUGAAAAUCCAUAUCCUAUUGACAUUCAUGAGUCACCUGUUACCUGCACAGAAUAUUUUGCGGACUGUCCUCCAGAUUUGAUCCCUGUGCUCUAUUCUGUAGGAGCAAAACAUAAAAAGCAAGGAUACAGCAAUAAGGAGUGGCCUAUCAGUGGUGGAGCAUGGAAUCUUGGAGCUCAGACAUAUCCUGAAAUCAUUAUUACAGGCCAUGCAGAUGGAUCAGUAAAAUUUUGGGAUGCUUCUGCCAUUACUCUACAGAUGUUGUAUAAAUUAAAAACCUCAAAGGUCUUUGAAAAACAGAAAGUGGGAGAAGGAAAAGCAACAGCUGAGAUUGUGGAAGAAGAUCCUUUUGCUGUUCAGAUGAUGUACUGGUGUCCUGAAAGCCGGAUUUUCUGUGUGGCAGGAGUUUCUGCAUAUGUGAUUGUUUACAGGUUCAGCAAACAUGAAGUAAAUACUGAAAUUGCAUCAUUAGAGGUACGACUUCAAUGUGAAGUAGAAGACAUCAUUACUCCUGAACCAGAAACAAAUCCUCCAUUUCCAGAUGCUUCCUCCCAGCUUCCUUCUUUAAAGAGCCUUUCAGGCAGUACCAACACUGUAGCUGGUGAAGGAACGAUGAAGGACAGUAUCCCAUGUCUUAGCGUUAAGGCUCGCCCUGUGCGGAUGCCUCCUGGCUACCAGGCAGAUCUCGUUAUCCAGUUGGUGUGGGUGGAUGGUGAGCCUCCACAGCAGAUUACCAGUCUUGCUGUAAACUCUGCUUAUGGACUAGUGGCUUUUGGGAACUGCAAUGGUUUGGCUGUUGUGGAUUUCAUGCAGAAGACAGUCCUGCUGAGCAUGGGCACCCUCGACCUCUAUGGAUCCAGCGAUCCAUACCAGCGGCAGCCCCGCUCGCCUCGCAAGAGCAGGCAGUUUGCUGCAGGCCUGACUGAACUCAGUGACAGUCCAGUUUCCCUGGAGCUUGAGCGUUGCAAGUCUCCCACUUCAGAUCAUGUGAAUGGUCACUGUACAAGCCCAACAUCGCAGAGCUGCGGCUCGGGCAAACGACUCUCCAGUGCGGAUGUGUCACGAGCAAACCGCCGAGGGCCCGGCAGGCCCCCCUUCAGGAAAGCCCAGUCUGCAGCCUGCAUGGAGAUUUCUCUCCCAGUCACCACAGAAGAAAAUAGGGAAAACUCCUUCAGCCGUUCCCGAAGCUCCAGCGUGUCCAGUAUCGACAGGGACUCAAAGGAGGCGAUCACAGCUUUGUACUUCAUGGAGUCCUUUGCCCGAAAGAACGACUCUGCUGUUUCCUCCUGCCUCUGGGUUGGAACAGGCCUUGGAAUGGUCAUAAUCCUGUCCCUUAACCUGCCUGCUAGUGAUGACUUACGGCAGUCAGAGCCAGUCGUGGUGUCACCAAGUGGCACCGUCCUGACACUGAAGGGAGCCGUGCUGACCUUCGCGUGCUUGGACUGCAUGGGGACGUUGACACAUCGGCCCUAUGAAGUAUGGAGGGAUCCACACAGCGCUGAUGACGGUGACAAAACAAGGAAAAGGAAACUUGUCAUGCAUUCCCCUUCCUCCUCCCAGGAUAUGGGUGAUCAUCAAUUUGCAGUCAUUUGUUCAGAAAAACAAGCCAAAGUCUUCUCAUUGCCUUCCCAAACAUGUCUUUAUGUCCACAACAUCACCGAAACGUCCUUUUUAUUGCGAGCAGAUGUGGUCACCCUCUGUAACAGCGUCUGUCUGGCGUGCUUUUGUGCUAAUGGGCACAUCAUGACACUGAGCUUGCCCAGCCUCCGCCCACUGCUGGACAUCAACUACUUGCCUGUCACAGACAUGAGGAUAGCACGGACCUUUUGUUUCACCAACGAAGGGCAGGCUUUGUACCUGAGCUCUCCCACGGAGAUCCAGCGCCUGACGUACAGCCAGGAGAUGUGUGACAGCCUGCAGGACAUGCUUGGGGAUUUGUUUACUCCUGUGGAAACACCAGAAGCCCAAAACAGAGGCUUUCUCAAAGGACUUUUCGGAGGAAGCGGACAAGCUUUUGACAGAGAGGAGCUUUUUGGCGAGGCCACAGCAGGAAAAGCCUCUCGCAGCCUGGCCCAGCACAUCCCUGGGUCCGGCGGGAUUGAAGGCGUGAGAGGAGCCGCGGGCGGGGUCAUCGGGGACCUGACUCGCGCACGCAUCGCCCUGGACGAGAGGGGACAGAAGCUGGGCGAGCUGGAUGAAAGGACUGCCAGCAUGAUGGCCAGCGCUGAGGCGUUUUCCAAACAUGCCCACGAGGUGAUGCUCAAAUACAAGGACAAAAAGUGGUACCAGUUUUAGACUUUCAAAGAAGCUGCUUGUGGCUUUAUCAAGAACACUGUUCAGGGAAACAACCUUUAUUCCCAAAUCUACCAGUCACUGGCCAGAGACAGUUUUUUCUCCUAGAAGAUGUUUUCCUGUUACUAUUAUUGGAUUCAUCACAUUGAGGAGAAAUUUUACAGACCAUGGGACGGAAGCUGGAAUCAUGAGGGUCUUUCCAACAGCUGACUCAUGGGGUGGCCGAUUUUUUCCCAAAAGGAACUCAACCAUCACUGUGGCAUGUAGUUUUUCAGAAGCUGUAGGUAUGAACUGUGGGGAGUGCGUCUGGUUAAAAAUAUUCUGUACAAACUCGAAUGUUAAUGCACUUAUAAAACUUUGCAUGACUAAUUGCCAACUUAAAAAAAAAAAAAAAAAAAAAAAGAGAAAAAGGAAGCAUGUUGUGACCGAAGAAAAAUGGGAUUUAUUU